UUCUGCUAUAGAACUAGAAAGACAAUAUGAAGGAAAGGUUUCAGCCAUUGUCGGAAAAGGAAGAAGCAGCAGAGCCUGAAGAAAAUGACAAUCAGUUACACGACAGACUUUCAAUGGAAGAACUUGUUGACAAGGCCGUUGGAACGUCUAAAGGUCGAUAUGUUGGAUUUGUGUCUCUGUUCAUGUUAUCUAAUUUAACAGCUUCUUUGAUGUGCUAUCUUCCUGUAUUAACUGGUUACAUCCCGUACACAGAGUGGCAAUGUGUCUCAGAGCGAUGUUAUGCCCUACUAGAGAAUCACGCUGGAGAAAACCACACGUUUUACACCAGAGACGCCAUGUGCUCCAACGACCUUGAAGCCGACAUCGACUUCAUCUGGACGCCCAAACGAUCCAGUUUCGCUGUGGACUUUGGCAUUUAUUGCGGUACUGAGUCACAGAAAUCAAAUAUCGACAGUUUUUACUUUAUAGGAGCCUUUGUGGGUUUGUUGGGAAGUUCUAGUUUGUUUGACAUGUUCGGCAGGAAGAAAGUUACCUUAGGAGGGGGCUUAUUUGCUGUUGCUGCAACUAUCGGGAUGGCAUUUGCAACAAAUCUACAAACAAUGUUGGGUCUACGGGUGAUGCAAGGUCUGGGAGUGCUUGUUGCUAUGACGGGACGUUAUGUUUGGUGCAUGGAGUUCACCCCUUUAAGACUGAGAAAUGUUGCCAACACACUGAUUCAAAUCACUUGGCCUCUUGGUACUGGAGUUCUCAUUUUGGUCUGUUACAUGGUCACAAACUGGAGAUUCAGUGUCGGGAUAGUUUCCUUUAUCUCAUUCCUUUUCUACUUACAACUUCUAGUUUGUCCAGAGUCGCCAAGAUUCUUCGCUUUCCGAAACAAAGAAGAGGAGGCCAUGGAGAUUCUCAACAAGCUGGCGAGGUUCUACAACAAUCCUGCCCUCCCAGAGAACUGCCUAGAAAGAGAGGUGGACCAAGUAGGAAAGAGUGAUGGCUUUCUAAAACAAAUGAAGGCUUUCAUUUUGUACCCAGUGAUGUUGAGAAGGACCGUUUUCCUCAUGAUAUGCUGGUUCACGGUCUCACUAUUUUACUACGGACUUAGUUUCGGCUGGCAUAAAAUGGGCAGCAACAUCUUCGCAAGUCAAGGAUUUGGGAGUCUCUCUGAAGUCGUGGCAUGCACUCUAAGUUUCACCCUUGUUGGUACAGCAGGAAGAAAGAAAACUCAGAUGGUUGCGUUUCUUGGAAUAGGUAUCUGUUUUGGGAUUGCCAUGAUUGACGUUCCGCUCUCCUCAACAUGGCAACUACAACAAGUGGCUUGUCUGUUCGCCAUCGUCUUUAUAGCCACGGAGUUUGUCACAGUCUACCUUUACACCGCUGAGCUGUCUCCCACCUCUCACAGAGGGAUGAUAAUGAGUCUUUGUUCUGGAACAGCAAGAAUCGGGUCUUUUAUGGGUCCCUACCUUAGUCUACUCUAUGACGUCCUUGAUAGGAGAAUAGUGCUGGGAAUGUUCGGCGGGAUGGGGCUGUUGGCAGCGGUGGGGACUUUCUUCUUAUUGGAGGAUAGCACUGGGAUGGCGGUAGCUGAAACCCCGGCUGGUCUGCAAGGAGCAAAGAGGCUUGAAGAAGAGGAAUCUGUGCAAGACGAUAGUCCAUGAAGAAAACUCUUAGACAAUAAUUAUAAUUCCAGACAGUAAAUUCUCAAUUAUUGAGAGCUAGAACCCCACUGAUUUUAAGCAAUUCUGUAAUUUUAGUUUAUUUCGAUAUUUUCACUAUUAGUCUGUACCGUGUAAACUUAAAUUAAUCGAUGAUAAUGAAACUUCAGAGUAUUUCGAAAUCGAUACCUUAAAUACCGCAUCAAAUAUCAACCACAGCCAAAGUUAUAAAUAUUGAAUAGUCAACAUGGCGUUGGCGUAAAUUAUAUAUAUUUUGGCUACUGGCUAGUCAUCAGU